GCUUGUUGAAGGAAGUCUUCGCCGCAAGCAAGUACUGCCUGUGUUGUGUGUACUGAUCGAUCGAGUGCUGAGUGCUGCUGACCUCCUCGAGCUGAGACCGCCAGGGCCAUGGCGCAGACUAGCGGCGUAGAGCACAGCGUCCACAUAAUACCCGCUGAUGGUGGCGCCGGCGCCGGCGCCGGCGCCGGAGAAGGCGAGCUAGUAGCCACGGCGGAAAGGCGGCUGAAUUGCUUCGUUCGUUACGUGGCGCUGAUUGAAAGGCUGGGCAACGCCCUCGGCACGCUUGCCUUCACCUGGGCAACCGUCGUCCUGCUGGGUGGCUACCCGACGGUGCUUCGUAGUGAUAAUGAUAAAAAUGAUUUUUGGUUCGCCACCAUCAUAUUUUUCCUCGAAGCUUUCAGGAUGUUCAGUCGCAACAACAGAGCGGAUUAUAAAUUGUUCUUUGGCACUAGAGGUGCUUUUAGACUUCUUGGCUGGAAUUGGUUGGUUCUACUUAUAGUAUAUUUUAACGGUGUGGUGCUGUGCUUCCCUUUGCUCUCACCAGUAUUGUUCCUCCCACUUCUGGGGAUACUAGUUGCCAUUGGCCAAUUUCUGUUUCCAGGAGCUCGAAGACUGCUAGCACGCAUCCCACUGUGGUUGCGGCGUGUGAUAUCAUUAUGGAGCCCUGUGAUUGCAAUCAGCUUACUUCUGGGGGCCUAUGUACAUCAAUAUUCUUUAUCGAAGCAACAAGUAAAUGAGAAUCCAUAUCAAACAUAUUUCCAACUCAGACAUUACAAGGUGGCCAUAUGUAUAGCUUACGGAGUGCUGCUUGUGGUGGUGCUCCUAGUGACAGUUAGCAGGAUGAGGUUCGCAGGUAUCAUCAAGCUAGCGGAUAGUGUUCUGGGCAGCAAACAAGAGUUCUGGCGUCGUGUUGUUCUAAACUUGUGCAUGAUUGGUGCAAUUGUGACGGCAGCAUUCUCUUUCGACAUUAUUGAUAUUUGGUACAUACCACUUCUAAUGAUCGUAGUCGAAGUAUCAACAAUAGUUUUAGCUUCAUUUGGCAACUUUCAGGUUCCUUCAGCGGUACUUCGUGUGGUGCUCCCACUUGUACGUUUUGGUAGCAUAUCACAUGACUACCUAUGUAAGGAAGAUGAUGAUAUGGGAAGCCAUGCACCGGCACCGGCACCAAGUGGUGGUGGAUGCAAUCCUAGUAUAAUAAACCUGACACCAUCUUUAUACAUCUUCUAUGGGAUGGUACUAGGCCAAGGAGCACUGUAUCUUGUGGCAUGUGUGGUCGAGAUCUUCUCAUUCAUCCCUCGAAGAUUUCUCAUCCGUCGUGGGGGAUUCAAAGGUCAGUGGGGAGUGGACUCUAUCAAUUUGUACUACUCAUAUGACUUGGAUAAAUGCUUGGAAAGGAAUGUGCUUGCUCCAAAUAUCAGCCUUUGCAAAUUUGCCAUCGUUUAUCUAAACUCAGACUCAACCAAGAAGCAGCUCCAUGGGAUCCGGAUUGCACACACUCUUCUUCAGAGGGAACCAACCAGGACACGACUCCUUGUGAAGCUCAAAGCAUCGACCAAGACGAUGACCAGACUAAUGAGAAUGUUGCACCAAGAGAAUCAAGCUACUAUUAGAUUUUUUGCGGCGAAGGUGAUUGAUGAGCUCGCAAAAAGCCUCCUAGUCAUCAAUUGUCCUGGGAUAGUUCAGAAUGUGUCUCUACUUUUGGAUUGGGGUAAUAACCAACAUAAAAGAGUAAACCCACUUCUGGACGACACAGAUGAGGAACAAGAACAAAAAAAUGAUCUAUCUGUAAAUGCCAUUGGGAACCGAACAGAAAGGGGAGAUGCAGUUGGAGACAGUGGUAACCUGCUCGAAACACAAGAGAGCUCAACCCAACAAAUUGAUAUUAGUAACAAAAAGAACUCUUGGAUAACCAAACAGUGGCGACAGGUUUAUGAAUUCUGGUCAAUCCCCCAGGAAGGACCACUGACAGAGCAGGAUCUUCUCCCUGUAAUCGGUAUGUCGAUUAUUGAAAGCUUGGUUACUUAUGAUCAAAACAACUGUUCAGAGAUCAGCAGCGCAGCCAAUCUCAUUCGGAAGAUCACAAGAUUCACAAGAUUUUGCAGAACUGACACCAAUUAUACUGACGCUGAAAAGAAGGUCCUAGUUCACUCAUCAUUGAAGCUAUUAUACAAGCUCACAAGCAUCGAUGGGGAGAUCGGCAUAACACUGCGGCACAAGAUAUCACAACAUCCCUUUCUCUUGAGAAAUCUCUCAGAGGUCCUGGGAGACAUCACAAGUAACUGUGAGACGAAGAAAGUGGCGUCAGGAAUUAUUAGAAACCUUGCUAUCGAUGCAAGCAUGAGACUGGCAAUUGGGCGUGUUCAAAAGAUCAUUACCGGGUUGAUGCAUGCGUUUCUCACUCCAGAUGAGCCCUCCAGUAGUACGGGUGCAAGUGUUUCUCACUCCGAAGAAGCCCUAAGGAAGGUCGCAGGACAAGCAUUAGCAAUGUUGGCAAUAGGCAAUGGCAGCAACUGCCUGGCUAUGCUAAGGCAAACAGGGUAUUCAUUCAUUAAGGAACUCACAAAGUUGAUCGAUGAUGAUAGGUACACGUACAGAUGUGUAGCAGCAAGUUUGUUGCGGAGUGUGUUGAUGCAUGCUCGACCUGACGUUAAAGAAACAGACUUGAAGCAACUAUCUUACAUGGUGCUGGGAAGAAUUCUCCGUGCAGAUGGUGAAGAACUAGAAAUCUUCAUUGGUCUUAGUUCACAUAUAUAUGAAGCCAUUCCUGAGGAGUUGGCCAAAGAUUUUGAGUACAGCCAGAUUAAGGUAACAUUUGUGAAGCGGCUUGUCGAUGCAUUGAAUGCGAACAUGGAGCCCAAUGCUGAUUGCCCUGGGAUCAUGAGAGUGAUACUCGAACAAGCCAUAGAAUUGAUGAAGUAUGACUCUAGUAAUACUGUAAAUUACUUCCGCGAUCUCCACAUGAUAGAGGUAUUAUCGAUGGUGGAGGAGACCAUCUUAGAGGCGGAGAACUACACCAUCUUCAUGGGUGAUGUAGGACUAAUGGAGGCAGGUGAACCUUUAUCCUCGCUUGUGGCAAGGGCUAAACAACUACUAGACGCUCACUGAACAUGACAACCAUCAGAAAUAUAUGCAGCUUAAUUUAUGGGUAUACAAUGCAUGUGUAAACUGAAGUUGCAAAGGUCUCUAGAGCUGUUACUGUCAUGGUAUUUCUCAUAUAUGAUAUCUUAAUAUGUGUAUUCAUGUUGCUAUUCAAG